GCGUGGCUCCAAGCGGUGGAACAAGUGCGCCUCCCUUCCCCGGCUGCUGCUCGGGCUGUUUUUAAAAAGCCAAAGCUGCUCCCAAGUUGAUCAGUCUGCUCUGGAUCGUCAGCUGGAGAAAGUCGCGCUCAUUGACGGCGAGCCCCCCCUUUGGACUUUUGUCGCCAUCGUUUCAUGCCAAGACGGCCUUUUUUAAAAAAAUUAAUUUAUUUUUUUAAAAACAUUUUUUGGGGCGCUGGGGGUCUUCUCGCAGCGGACGCUCAUUUUCGGGGUGAGAGAGCGCCCGGCUUGUCCGAGCUUCUAAUUAAGGUGCUUUUUUGGGGGGGGCGGGGGCUUUUGUUUUGAAUGAGAUAGAAACCCCCGUUGGAUCAAGACUCUUGCCUUUAGCUUUUAAGACUGGAUUAUCUGAUCGAGGCAUUGUGCUUCAUUAGAGCGCUCCACUUUUCCCCCCCUCCUCCUCCUUCUCCCCCUCCCUCCCUUUUUUUUUUUUGACGUGCGCGAUAACCGAAGGCGAGACGACAACGAUGUUCGGGACCUUGUGCCUGUUGGCGACGCUUCUGUGGGGACUGCGCGGCUGCUGCUGCUGGGGCUCGUACGUGCCGUGCGAGACGUGCGACGACAAGGCCAAGUCCAUGUGCCCGCCGAUCCCGAGCGGCUGCCAGCUGGUCAAGGAGCCCGGCUGCGGCUGCUGCCUGACCUGCGCGCUGAGCGAGGGCCACGCGUGCGGCGUGUACACGGGGACGUGCGCGCAGGGUCUCCGCUGCCUGCCGCGCAGCGGCGAAGAGAAGCCCCUGCACGCCCUCCUCCACGGCCGCGGAGCGUGCAGCAACGAGAAGGGAUACAAACCCGCGCACCAGCCCCUAGACCGCGAGUCUCACGAGGACAGCGCGGCCGCAGACAUGACGGAGGAGCUGCAGCCGGCCAAAGUUCCGCUUCUGACCAAAGACAUUGUGAACAGUAAAAAGGUGCACGCCAUGCGCAAGGAACUGAAGAGGAAGCUGGGCAAGCAGCGCUCCAUGGGCUCCCCCGUGGACUACUCGCCGCUGCCCGUGGACAAACACGAACCGGAAUUUGGACCCUGCCGGAGAAAACUGGACGGCAUCAUUCAGGGAAUGAAAGACACGUCUCGAGUCAUGGCGCUCUCUCUGUACCUUCCCAACUGUGACAGAAAAGGAUUCUUCAAACGCAAACAGUGCAAGCCGUCCCGCGGCCGCAAGCGGGGAAUCUGUUGGUGCGUGGACAAGUAUGGCGUUCAACUCCCCGGCACAGAUUACAGCGGUGGAGACAUUCAGUGUAAAGACCUGGAGAGCGCCAAUAACAACAACGAGUAAAAGACAAAACAAAUACGGGGGCCGCAAUCCAACGUCACCCCCCCCGCCCGGCCCAAAUCCCAACUUCUGCAAGGCGCACGGCCCACAUUUUCUCUCCGAGCGACACAGUAUGCUCCCGUCUCACCUCAAGAGUUAUUCACCGUCCCGAUUCGUUCCAUUCUCAGGAGCAGCGACAAUGUUCCUGGGUCGAUUUGACCCGGGGUCGUGUGAAAUGAAAAAAAAAAAAACUGACCUCCAUCUCGAAUCAUUGGAUUGCAUGUACGUGAAAUGAAUGGACUGCAUUUAGUAAGCCGAGCGGGGUCUUGACAUGGGUCAAUUUGACCCGUGACAUAUCAGAAGGGUUGAAAUUUGUUUUGGAAGACGCAAAAUGAAAAGAACACCUGUACGUUUUUAUCUUGUCUGUUGUUGACCAAACACUCAUCUCCAAAUGGGGGCAGGGAGGGGUGGGGGUGGGGGGGGGGUCGAAAGUCCCAAAAUAUCCCUUGAGUGCAGCUCACGGGGCCCCUUGUACACGCCACGUACACGGGCUGACCAUUCAUGGAAAAUAUAUGAACAGAAUGGAUAUAUUUUUAUACCCGAGACGGGGGUGGGUUGCUGGCUUUCAGGGGGUCGGGACAGUGCAGCCCAUCUAUUCACAAAUUGCGUGCACAAACGUGUCACGAGGGAUUGGCUUUUUAUUGUUAUUUUUUGGGGGUGUGGCCAUUAAAUUCACAGCAGGUGCGUUGCGCUUGCUCAGCCAAAUCUCCAAAGUUGUUCAUGAGAUUGAUUUAAAAGCCACACCUCUGGAUUUUUGCGGGCGCAAUUCAGUAUUUUGGGAGUACAACUCAGUUUGUUUUUUGUGGCCACAAUUGAAAGAAAAAAAAAAAGUAUAUCCCAUACGUCAUGUUAGCGGCUGCGACAAAUCAAGCGAUGGCAAAUGGGCGGAUCCAUCAGAGCUGUCAAUCAGCGCGAUUGAAACGCAAGACAGCGGACGGGCGGCUGCGCUUCUGUCAAAACACUGCUACAAAAAAAAAAAAGCAGCAAACCUCUUUGACGUGCGUAAAUUCACCAAAACAAGUGCUUGAAUGCUCACAUGUCUACAGUGUGCGCGCCGGCCGGGUCGUGACCCCGCUUCGCUGAACGAUUCCAAGACGGCAACAAAGAAAAAAAAGAAAAAGAAAAGAAUGUCCUUUUUAUUUCUCUCGUUUUGAUUCUUCUUUUUUUUUCCACACGUACUGCUCGGAGUUGGCUCUCCGUUGUACAUUCGCGUUUGGCAACGUAUUAAGGAUGCCGAUCGUUAGCGGUGGACAAGUGGCUCUUUUGAGCUUAGCCUGAUAUGCCAACUGUGCCUAUUUUGAAAAGACACUGCCAAGCCGACGGUGAAAUAAAAGGCAAGGGAGGGGGGCGGUGUGGGGGGGGGGAAUGCUGUUCGUCUGACGGGACUCGCUUUUGACUUUUUGAGUCUAGUACGCGUUCAUAGGCACGAAAACCCAAAAUUGUGUAGUGUGUGUGAGGUGUGCUUUUGUUUUGUGCUUUUUUUGUUUUGCCUUCGGUGAAGAACUGAGAGGCCACUCUUUUCCCCGAGCCAUGUUCCUUUUAUCAAGGGCUUUUUUUUUCUGCCCCCCCUUUGACCUGACCCAUCUUUGAAUUCUAGUAGCUGAAUAUGUGUAUGUGUUUAUUUUUAUUUUUUUUUCUGAGCUUGGGAAAAAAACAUACACAAAAAAAAUCACGGCCCCGCAAAGAAGAAAACCUUCUGCGGCCCGGACCGGCAAUGGUCACGUUGCAUCGCCCUCAGUGCCUUCCUUUCCGUAAACACAUUUCAAUUGUGAAGCGCGAGUGACGUUGAUGCGGAAAAGGCGACAGCCCCUCGCAAGGACAGACCAGAGGAAGCGACCCCGUUUGUCCGCUUCGAUUGGAAGCCUGACCCCCCCCCACCCCCCGCCUCCUCCCCAUGCAAUUUGAGCGCCAUUUUGUCAUUGUUUCGCAAGUGAGAAGCUCCGAUUUGUGUAAGCUUCUUCUUUGUUGUUGUUGCUGUUGAGAAUGGCCACGUAGAUUUUUGCCCGAGAGAAGAGGAUGUUUGUUUGGAGGUCAAGCAAUACUUCCCCCCCACCCCCUGCUUCAAACAACAACAACAACAACAACAAAGGCUUCCAGUUGUGAAUAUGUCAGACGUCCAGGCACUAUUCCCUCUCCCAGGAUCCGACCCCCCCCCCCCCCACUGCCACUUAAAAAAAAAAAAUCUGCAUCAAAGCAGCUUGCACUUAUUUCACAUAGCCACUAUUGAUCGUGAUAAAGUCAGUGGAGAAUAUUUUUUUUUUUAAACGUACCGUGGUGUCACGUUGUGCUCACCUUUUCAAGGUCGACUUUGGGUAGCGCUUGUUGACAGGGGCGCCGCACGCCCACGCCGGGGACCUCGGCUACAAAAAAAAAAAAACAGGACAAGUGAAAUCAGACAUGGCAACGUGUGUUCUCUUUCACAGAGAUGGGAAGGAUGCUCCAGAGCUUUUUUUUUUUCCAGAGGCAGUGACAUAGGAAGGUACCUUGUACAGGGGGUGUAGAGGGGGGGCACAUAUUCAGGGCCUAGCCACGCGGCCCCCCAGCACGGGGUCUCAGACUGCAUAUCACUAGAUACACGUUAGUCAGACAGCACGACAGGAGGCAAUGAAACGCGGAGAAUUCACGACUGCAGCCAGCGUUUGUUUGGAAGAUCGGACGUUGCGUCCAAAUCGAGGUUGCGGGUUGAAUUGCACGCGAUUGGCUGGUUGUCAGUGGUCGGUUCCUCACGUUUUCCCUUGCAUCUCCCCAUUUGGUUCUUAACUCACAUUUCAUAUUGGGCUAGUACAGUAACGACUGUUGUUUGGUAUAUUUGUAUUUUUUUUCCUGAAUACAUUAACGCAUUCUGGAUGUAACGAUACAGUACAACCGGUUAUCGUCAAUUUGGAGGAGCGAAACGAACCCAGGACGGAGGGGAGGGGGUGGGGGGGAUUGGUAUGGUCAGUCGUUGGAAUGACAAAUAAGAAUAAAAGUCAAAUUAUUCAAGCGAAUAUCACUGUGUAAUAUUUAUUCAACUUGUAAUUUAUAUGUACUCUUAUAACCUUUGUCUUUUUUUUUUGUUUAUGGCAAAGCAUUUAUUUAAAUAAAGUGAUGUAUUCCUUUA